CCUUCUAUUUAGUUGUCCCCAAGCAACCCCACAACCACUUCUAGCUAGCUCCAUCGGCAAAGAUAUCAUCACUUUCUGGCAUAUAUACCUUCGCCGGACACCGCCGCCGCCGGCCGCCACCACAAUAUCUUGUGUUGAUCGAUCCUCUCGCUUUUAGGCCGUCUUGUUUUUGUAAGGAUCACCAAAUUAAACGACCCUUAGAAAUGUCUACCCUUAGACCAAGAUCCACAACCACCAAGCAACCAUCCAUAAAAGAUACAGAAGCCACACCAAUCCCCACCGCCAAUGGAGACGUCGCAGCAGUGGACGCCCCGAAAGCCGUUCUACAACGUCAGCCGACUAUGUCGCGAAGCCUUACAAGCACGGCAGCCAAUCUAGCGAACCUCCUUCCCACCGGGACGCUCCUGGCCUUCCAACUCCUCACACCAAUGUUCACCAACAACGGUACAUGUGACGCUGCCACACGCCCCAUGACGCUCAUCCUCCUUGUAAUCCUCGCCCUCUCAUGCUUCCUUGCAAGCUUCACCGACAGUGUCAAGGCACCAGACGGACAGGUCUACUACGGCUUCACCACCUUCAAAGGGUUGUGGCUAAUUGAUUACCCAGAUGCUUCCGGCGCCGGCCUUCCAGAUUUAAGCAAGUUAAAAAUAAGGUUGAUUGAUGGGAUUCAUGCUGUCUUAUCUGUAUUGGUGUUUGGUGCUGUGGCUUUAAGGGAUAGGAAUGUCUUGGAGUGCCUUUAUCCACAGCCUGGGCGUGAGAUUCAGGAGGUUUUGAACAUUGUUCCAGUUGGGGUUGGGAUCAUUUGCAGCCUCUUGUUUAUGGUUUUCCCCACUAGAAGACAUGGCAUUGGGUACCCUAUCACAUCAGGCAAAUGAUUCUUCAUUUUUCAAGUAUUUUGAUUUUCUUGCCCAUUCAUUUUUUGUUGGAAGAAAGUGUAAGAAACACGAUUAUUUGGUUCAUCAGCAACAACAUAAUAAAUUAGUUUAAUCAAUUGAAUUUCCUUGAAAA